UCCCAGCGCGAGAUUGAAGUCUUGUUUUCGACCCUGAAAAACCCACCUUUUCCGUUAGCUCAGAGCAUUAAACUACAUAUAAGCGCCCUGGUUCGUAUUCCCUGCCUUAUUCCCUGCCAUCGCUGUGAAAAAUACGCAAGAGGAUCUCUAACUCUCACCAUUUGAUCACGCAACGUGACAACAUCUACGCGAGAGCGCCUGACAUGUGCGUGAAUCCGCGCGGAUAUAUGACGUCAGGAUGGCGCAAUUUGUUCUAAAAAUAGAAAAAUUGUCCUAUAUCAUAGGUGCGCGCGAAUCCCGAGACUUACGGUCUCCGUCCCCGAUUAUGGCUCCUGGAUAGAGUAAUGCCUGUCGUUCAUACCAGAGUUGUAAAAAUCCCGUUUAUCCUGUUUUCAGGUUAGCAGAAUCACGAUCUAAUCCAAUCUUGUUUGAGACACCAGUGAGGAGGCGAGAUUUUUUCGAUGACGUCAACCAUCUCAUGGCCACUGAAGCCACGGCUAAAGAGUUGAUGAUGGCAAAGUCCCAUGAAGAUCUUUCUUUAAUGUGAAUUGCCGAGAAAGCGUGAAAUAAUUAAGAAUAAUUGAAUACGGGAUCCAUUUUUCUAUGAGUGAAUAGUCAAAGACGCGAAGGUGAAUUGGCUAUCGCCAGUAGAAAACGGUAGCACGUAGAAUGAAUUUUUAGAACAAAAAUUCUCUAACAUAAACAAACUAAAGAGAUGUAGCUUCCUAAAUCCUGAAUACGUUGAGAACAUGUCAACACCGUGCGCAAGGAAGACUGAGUUGAUUAUGACCGUCCUGCAGUCAUUAUCAAAUUAAAAUAAUAGUCAAUUUAAUUCAGGAACUCGGAAGGUACCUCAAAUCGAGCUGGGGCGUAGGGUACUAAAUAUAUAGGGCAAUCUUUGGUUACAAUAUUUUUCUCAUUGGCUUAAGCGAUGUAGUUUGUGCUCAAACUUAAGAAAUAUCAUUUCUGAGUAUGGAAAAGACGGAAAGGGCAUGGCAAGAUUAACUGUCUCAACUACCAAGCACUUUGAGCCUGGCACAGUGACUAACUUUUUUUUGGCAACGCGGGUAGAAACUUAAAAAUUUACGAAGAAUGUAUGUGGCCCAUUUGCCACUCAGAAAUUGUUGAAGUUUUUGACACGCAAUUUGUCCUUGAAUAUUACACCCAAAGAGUCUAAAAUUUCGACUGUUACUAAGUUUUUGAAGCUCUUUGAAUGUUUGCAGGAGUGAAUUUGGCUCUAGCAUAAUGCCAUCUUUUUGCAAAGGCGUGCGUUAAUGAGGAAACAUGUAAACGACUUCAGCAACGAUCGCUCCAUAAGCUGUAAGGGUAUGUGCUGACGUGAAGGACAUGGUUUCCAAACAAUUUGUUCUCUGAUAAACCUAGAUAUACAGAAAUAUAGAAAUCAGAAGGUUUUGACCUACAAGAGGGUAAAGUUUUAGGCAUCACAUUGGCAGACCUCAAUUCACAGGAAGCCUCCGUGUAUGAGCCAUGAAUUCCAGUCGUUAUAGAAAUGUUAGAUUGCGUACCGCAAAACCAAAACUAAAGUUAUCACUCUGACCAAUCAGGAAGGACGCGGUCAAUCCUGUGAACCAAUCAAAGCAAAGAAGCAAAAACGUGUUGCGAAACGCAACAUUUUCGGCAUGUUCAUUUUAGCGAAACACCCUUCGGAUUCCUUUGAAGCGAAUUGCCACCAAUCCCGGGUUGGACACAGUGGAUGGGUAGAUAUUCAUUUAAGACGUUUCUGUUUAAGCUUUCCUUCUUGAAAGUUAUUUCUGUCAUUUAUGACGUAAAUAAGACAUACAAGAAAACAAUAUUUUACUCCUGGUAUCAAGUUGAUUGCCUGCCCUUCACCUCCAACCUCCGCAAAAUGCAUGUAUACUACGCUGGGCAGUGCUACAUUGUACAAUUUCUUCUGAACAAUGAGGAGAAUGAAGACCGUUUAUGGCAAGCGGCGAAAAAUUGUCCCCGAUUUUGUUUUGUUUUUCUCAAUCCCCAAAUCAACCUUAACACAAGAAUAGAAAAAACUCCUAUUUACAGCAAAUACAAAUAUUCACAGUUUAUAGUGCCAAUGACUUUGGACGGACAGCAAAGGUAUGCCAUUUUCUGUUUGCCGUAAACGUGACUUUUAACCACUCCGUUUAAUGUCAAUUGAGUACGUUUGUAUGUCCCCAGGCGUGGCUAGAGAUGACACACGAACUAUGAAUGUUUGAACCUUUUUUUUUCGUUUGAUAUCGGUGUUGAGCCGUUUCCUUCCAAACUUGCCUAUUUCUAAUCUCCUGCCCAGUUUUUUUUAUCGCUUAGGCAAAAAUGAGAAGGUCUGGGUACAAAAAUAAACCGCACUCAUGUUGCGACAUCAUUUUCGUAUGUUUUAAUCGAUUGGGUUGUAAACAAUAACUGAAGUAAAGUGUACCCUGCAAAACAUAAACAGUGUAAAUGGACUCGUUAAGAGUGUUUGCGGCGAAGGUUAAAAGUAGCCCUCAGCUUAUAAGGAAAACGUUUGCCAGUUCGGAGCACGACUCGUAUUCGAAAGUGUCACAAGGAGACAAACUCAAAGGUAAAUACCACGACGAUUGGCUUCAUGCUGAGGAAUCCCUGAAAGAAGGAAUUCACUUUUAUGCCAAGAUGCUUGGAUCCUGCCCUGUGUAUCAAGCUCAGGGGGUGGGCUGCACAGACGAAGCAGUACAGCAAAUUGUAUCCAACACUAAGAAGACAAUGAACACUACUCCGUCCAGUGGAAGCCUUCAGAAGGUGUUAAUGACAGUGACAAUCCGGAAGCUUACUAUCGAAGAUAUGUUUUCAAAGGAAAAGAUCAUAGAAAUUCCAAUUUAUCGGGUAUCAUGUUGCGCGACGGAUCCCAACUUCACUAAAGUGCUGGCGUUCAUUUCUCGGGCUCACGAGGGACACGAUUUAACCUGUUACGCGUUACUUUGCAGCAAUUUUUCGAUGGCGCAAGCCAUGGCAUUGACUAUUGCCGAUGCCUUUAGAAUGGCCUUUAUUAAUUACGAGAAAGGGAAAUUCGACGAAAGUCAUGGAGGUUCGCGACUUGCACAGUACCACGACAAAGAACUUAAUAAACAGGGUGAGGCUGUGGUAAAUAAUGAGUUUGUCGACACUGAAACGAGCCCUAACACCACUACGACGGAUCUUUUGAAUGCACCAGUCAUUCAGGUCACGGAAGGUAGUUCCUCACCAACCACAGAGGAGGACUUAACCAAGAAAAUGCAGGCGUUGGAUCUCGCGGUGGAUUUUGACGAUUUCGAUGCGGAAUUUACAAAGUUGGCGGAGUCACGGUCCAAUCCAAUCUUGUUCGAGACGCCUGUUAGGAAGAGAGAUUUUUCUGGUGACGUCAAUCACCUCAUGGCCACUGAAGCGACAGCUAAAGAGUUGACGAUGUCCAAGUCCACUGAAGAUCUCCUUUCUUAAUAGGCUAUGCAUUUCCGAGUUACCACGUGCCUCUCUUUCAAAACGAGCCCUCGUGCAAAACCUUUCAAAUAUAAAUGAGUAUUUGCAUGAAAAUGAACCUACGGGUGGAACACAUGUUCAUAGCAAUGGUUUCGCACGAAGACUUGGGCGUUCUAAAACAGAGGCAAAAGGCAACUCGGAAAUCGCCAAGUAUUUUAAAUAAUAUCAGACAACAAGCUCGAAAUUUCUAGGAGCCAGGAACAUGGCAGAGUUGACAAUUUCUCGUAAAAACGAGCGAUACUAUAGUAAUCUCAUUCUUUAAUUUAAUAGAAACUGUUCUUGUUUUGUAGCACAAAAAGCGCAGUGUAAGCAAUUUUUAUUAAACAUAUUAAACAAAAGACUUGUUUAACACUUUUUAAUUUAAUUUAGAUGUAGUUUUAAAAUAUGGGAAACCAAAGAUAAAUAAAUAAAUAUUUC